AUGUGACUUGACUCGCCAAUGACGGAAAUAAGUGUUUUAUAUCGUGUUGAUGUGGCUGUCAUGACUGUACCAUUAGGAUCAGUUUUUGUUGUUAUAGCAUGCUUGCUAUUUAUUAUCCGGAUAUAUAUAGUUGUCAGGAAUGGGCAAAACUGUAAACCUGGAAACAAAGGACGGAUUACUCUACUUGUCGUUGCGGGAUCAGGUGGUCACACUACAGAAAUCCUGCGAUUGAUGAAGAGCCUUUCCAGUGCUUACUCACCUCGAGUCUACGUUAUUGCGGAUACAGACAGGAUGAGUGAAGAGAGAAUCCGUGCUUUUGAAAAAUCCAAACAACUCUUGGACUGUGAUCCACAGUUCACUAUUCAUCGGAUCACACGGAGCCGAGAGGUACAUCAGUCAUGGAGUUCUUCAGUUCGAAGCACCCUGAAUGCCCAGUUUUACUCGAUACCCCUGAUCUUUAGAGUCAGACCUGACAUGGUGCUGUGUAACGGCCCAGGGACCUGCGUUCCCCUUUGCAUAGCAGGACUCCUGCUUGGAACUCUAGGAAUUAAGAAAGUAUUGAUUGUUUUCAUUGAAAGCAUUUGUCGGGUGGAGUCGCUAUCACUCACAGGGAGAAUACUUUACCACUUUUCAGACUAUUUUUUUGUGCAGUGGGCCAGUCUGAGGGACAGCUAUCCAAAGUCUAUUUUCCUUGGCAGAAUAGUGUAAACAUUUAUUUUGUCACAGGAGAGUAAAUGUGCAAAAAGUAAAAUUUAUUUGAAUACAUUUUUUUAUUUUCAUUUGACUAUUUCAUUGGAUAGUAACCUCGUGCAUUUGACCAGUAAACUAAAGUGUAGGCCAAACCUUUCCAAAUGAUUAGUGGUGGAGCUUUGUCAAAAAACAUGGACUAAAAUGACAAUACGCUCCAGCCACCUGAAACAUGUUGGGCCUGGUUUACUACAGGAUUGCACUUAAUUGCUUUUGCAAACAGAUGCAGAGGCUGAUCUACUGCCAAAUGGGCAAAAUUGCAGCAAAGUUCAUGUUGCGCUUUUCAACCAAAAAGGGCAAAAUUACUGGAUGGAGUCGAUGAAAAUUCAGCACUUCAGUUAUGUGGUUUAUCAAACCCAAGACAAAUUUUGCGGUGGCGGAUUUGGAGUCUUUCAAUAUUUAAACAUUUAAACAUUUUUGAAAUUCCAGAAAAAAAAAAUUAUUGCAACAUCUUAGAUUUAAACAGUAAUGCAACUUCAGAGCUUCUAAAUUAUCUAAGCCUGAGAUCAGCCCUUAUAAUGUGAGGGCUGACUUGGAGCCAGUCACAAGGAGUCAUGUAAUAUCACCGAUGACAAAACUCCUUUCAACUCUGCAUUUUCUUGGUGCUGGCCUCUCCCAGUGCACUUUUUUGGGUCUACAGUCCCAAGUUUUAAACACGUUAGGAUGGGCAAAAACAUCCAAUUCCCAUGCAAUUGGGGCAAGUUAAAUCAAACAAAUCAUGGCUUUUGUGCGGUUGCUUGCAUCCUGCAAAUUAUCAGCCGUAUAGAUUUCAUUUUUGUAACUCAUUAAUGUUUCUUUUCCUUCUCCAUAACACUUCUUUGCGGUCCACUUCCAAAUUUUCCAUUAUCGCUACCUAAAGUGCAAGAUCCUUUUAAAUAUGCAGAUUUGGGUUCCUUGUUUCGAUUCCAAUUCCAAGAACUUCUCGAUUCCGAUUCUUUUUGGGGACAAGGCCAAAAAAGUUUGCAUGGUUUAAAAAAAAGGGGUGUCCAAAGAACGGCCAGCUAUUUUUAGGGAGCGCAGCAUAGACCAAAAUGAACAUUUGCCUGUACUGUACUACAGUACUUACUUCCUACACUUGAGUGGCAAGGCAGGAGAAGAGAACCAUUCACACGUCAUUCAGUGUCACUGGCCACCCCAGUAUCCUGAAAAUUAUUGACAUUUUGCUUUAUUACCUAGCUUUUAUUAACUAAACAGUAUAUAUAAAAAAUAUAGCUUCACAUAUCUUUAACUACACUGAUGGAUGUUUGUGUUAAAUAAAGAUGACAAAAUGUCUCUUAAUUGCCUCCUUUGAUUUUUCGCUCUGUGGCCUUGGAAAAUAAAGUUUGGGAAGCGCCAGUUAUUUGUGGAUUAAAUCAUCUGAACUUCUCUAUGAAUUUUAAUUUUAUUAACUUUACUAUAGAUUUCUCACAGGGUUAUUUUUAAUCAGUAUUAAAAUAAAAGCUAUGAACUUAAAUGUAUAUCUUUAUAUUUUCUUUUCACAGGCAUAUAGGUUACACGUUAAAGAGAGAUUUAUUUUAUAAAAACUUUUGAAAAUAAAUGUAUCCUUGUGUCUAACUCUGCCGGUACUUAAAACAUGCUAGUGAGCUCCCACUGACUGGCUAAUGUGGUGUAUAGUGAUAUCAGUCAAAAGUAGAAUAACUUGACAACCCAGUCCAGAAUAGCAACAGGUACAGUAUAAACUAAAAAAAACAGUUAUUGUUUUUUAUCAUAUCUGCGUUUUUAGGCAAUGUGCAGACAGUGUCUCCUGCGCUCCCUUGGUAUAGAAAAUACAUAUUCUAAUGUUAACUGGUUAUUUGCAUUUGUACUGUUAGAAUAAAUGUACAUUUGUUAUCCCAUAUUUACUCUUAUAGUAUUUUCAAAGCAUGCAUUUAGCAGUAUGUUGAUUGUAUCACAAAAGUUGACGUCUGUGAAGAGGACUGUGCCCUCAUCAAAAGAUAGCGGCUGGAACAAUUUGCGGUCAAAGGUUGAAGCAAUCAGCGCUGAUGAAGAACACAUCUCCACAAUGAGUCAUAUAUGUGAUUGUUUUACGUUGCUGCUUUGUGUGCCCUUAUCUCAAGAUAGUAGCAACGUCUGUGUAACUAGAUACCGCCCUAAGAAAAUAAAAAGAGGGAUCGACAGAGUGUGUUCAGAGCGGUCGGAGUUUGUAAACUGCGAACAACUCUAAUCGGUCUCCUCGCGAGUAUAUAAACCA